CGACGGGAGACCAGGGCCGGAGUCAUCUGCGGGAGGAGAGCCCCUCUCUCAGGCCUGGAGCUCGGGUUUCCGCGGUGGCGAUCUUGGUUCCCUUUUGGGAAAUUGGACACUACUCCGCGCCUGGGUGAAACAGCUCCAGUCAGUUCUGAGGUAAUUACAGCUACUCAGUAUUGCAGCCAUGGAGUCGAUGCUUAAUAAGUUGAAGAGUACUGUUACAAAAGUAACAGCUGAUGUCACUAGUGCUGUAAUGGGAAAUCCUGUCACUAGAGAAUUUGAUGUUGGUCGACACAUUGCCAGUGGUGGCAAUGGGCUAGCUUGGAAAAUUUUCAAUGGCACAAAAAAGUCAACAAAACAGGAAGUGGCUGUUUUUGUCUUUGAUAAAAAGCUGAUUGACAAAUAUCAAAAAUUUGAAAAGGAUCAAAUCAUUGAUUCUCUAAAACGAGGAGUCCAGCAGUUAACUCGACUACGACACCCUCGACUUCUUACUGUCCAGCAUCCUUUAGAAGAAUCCAGGGAUUGCUUAGCAUUUUGUACAGAACCGGUUUUUGCCAGCUUAGCCAAUGUUUUAGGUAACUGGGAAAAUCUACCUUCCCCUGUACCUCCAGACAUUAAGGAUUAUAACCUUUAUGAUGUAGAAACUAAAUAUGGUUUGCUACAGGUUUCUGAAGGAUUGUCAUUUUUACAUAGCAGUGUGAAAAUGGUCCAUGGAAAUAUUACACCUGAAAAUAUAAUUUUGAAUAAAAGUGGAGCCUGGAAGAUAAUGGGCUUUGAUUUUUGUUUAUCAUCAACCAAUCCUUCUGAGCAAGAGCCUAAGUUUCCUUGUAAAGAAUGGGACCCGAAUUUACCAUCAUUGUGUCUUCCAAAUCCUGAAUAUUUGGCUCCUGAAUACAUACUUUCUGUGAGCUGUGAAGCAGCCAGUGAUAUGUACUCACUAGGAACUGUCAUGUAUGCUGUAUUUAAUAAAGGGAAACCCAUAUUUGAAGUUAACAAGCAAGAUAUUUACAAGAGUUUUAGUAGGCAGUUGGAUCAGUUGAGUCGUUUAGGAUCUAGUUCACUUUCAAAUAUACCUGAGGAAGUCCGUGAACAUGUAAAACUACUCUUAAAUGUCACUCCAACUGUAAGACCAGAUGCAGAUCAAAUGACAAAGAUUCCCUUCUUUGAUGAUGUUGGUGCAGUAACACUGCAGUAUUUUGAUACCUUAUUCCAAAGAGAUAAUCUUCAGAAAUCACAGUUUUUCAAAGGACUGCCAAAAGUCCUCCCAAAACUGCCCAAGCGUGUCAUUGUGCAGAGAAUUUUGCCUUGUUUGACUUCAGAAUUUGUAAACCCUGACAUGGUACCUUUUGUUUUGCCUAAUGUUCUACUGAUUGCCGAAGAAUGCACCAAAGAAGAAUAUGUCAAAUUAAUUCUACCUGAACUUGGCCCUGUCUUUAAACAGCAGGAGCCAAUCCAGAUUUUGUUAAUUUUCUUACAAAAAAUGGAUUUGCUACUAACCAAAACUCCUCCUGAUGAGAUAAAGAACAGUGUCCUACCAAUGGUUUACAGAGCACUAGAGGCUCCUUCCAUUCAGAUCCAGGAACUCUGUUUAAACAUCAUUCCAACCUUUGCAAAUCUUAUAGACUAUCCAUCCAUGAAAAAUGCUUUGAUACCAAGAAUUAAAAAUGCAUGUCUGCAAACGUCUUCCCUUGCUGUUCGUGUAAAUUCAUUAGUGUGCUUAGGAAAGAUUUUGGAAUACUUGGAUAAGUGGUUUGUACUUGAUGAUAUCCUGCCCUUCUUACAACAAAUUCCAUCCAAGGAACCCGCAGUCCUCAUGGGAAUUUUAGGUAUUUACAAAUGUACUUUCACUCAUAAGAAGCUGGGAAUCACCAAAGAGCAGUUGGCUGGAAAAGUAUUGCCUCAUCUGAUUCCCCUGAGUAUUGAAAAUAAUCUUAAUCUUAAUCAGUUCAAUUCUUUCAUUUCCGUCAUAAAAGAGAUGCUUAACAGAUUGGAGUCUGAACAUAAGACUAAACUGGAACAACUUCAUAUAAUGCAAGAACAGCAGAAAUCUUUGGAUAUAGGAAAUCAAAUGAAUGCUUCUGAGGAGACAAAGGUUACAAAUGUUGGGUCUCAGCAGAUUGACAAAGUUUUUAACAACAUUGGAGCAGACUUUCUGACUGGCAGUGAAUCAGAAAGUAAAGAGGAUGGGUUACAGAAUAAGCAUAAAAGAGCUUCUCUUACUCUUGAAGAAAAACAAAAAUUAGCAAAAGAACAGGAGCAGGCACAGAAGUUGAAAAGCCAGCAGCCUCUGAAACCCCAAGUACACACACCUGUUGCUCCAGUCAAACAGACUAAGGACUUGACAGAUACAUUGAUGGAUAACAUGUCAUCUUUGACCAGCCUUUCUGUUAGUACCCCUAAAAUUUCUGCUUCAAGUACCUUCACUUCUGUUCCUUCCAUGGGCCUUGGCAUGAUGUUUUCUACACCAAUUGAUAAUACCAAGAGAAAUUUGACCAACGGCUUAAAUGCUAACAUGGGCUUUCAGACUUCAGGAUUCAGCAUGCCGGUUAAUACAAACCAGAACUUAUUCGGUAGUCCAAGCACGCCUGGAGUCACCAAGAUGACACUGGGAACACCUGCCACUUUGCCAAACUUCAGUGCUGUGAGUGUUCCUCCUGCUGGUGCAAAGCCGACUCAACAAAGACCCACAGAUAUGUCUGCUCUUAAUAAUCUCUUUGGCCCUCAAAAACCCAAAGUUAGCAUGAACCAGUUGUCACAACAGAAACCAAAUCAGUGGCUUAAUCAAUUUGUACCACCACAGGGGUCUCCAGGUAUGGGCAGUUCAGUAAUAGGAACACAGAUGAAUAUGAUAGGACAAUCUGCCUUUGGUGUGCAGGCUAAUCCUUUCUUUAACCCGCAGAACUUUGCACAGCCACCAACUACUAUGACCAAUAGCAGUUCAGCUAGCAAUGACUUAAAAGAUCUUUUUGGGUGAGGUGUCUUGCUCUAUUUUUGAAGAAUUACUUCAAUUUUAAUCAUGGGUGAGCUGAUUUACAUCUUUAUAUAGUUGGCAUGGAGGAACUACUUCUAUGGGGAAGUGGAUGGUUCUGUGACAGAAAACACCUUGUUUCCACGCCAGCAUAGUAGUUGUAUGGACUUCUUAACAGCUGAGUUUUUAAAAGCAUUGAGGAUUUUUUUUUCCUCUUACCACCUCCUCUUCAAGUUUUUAAAAGACCCAAUCCUUACCAAUCUCAAAGAGAAAAAAGACACCUGAGUAUCUUGAAUAGCAGAAUUUUUUAAUCAAAUGUUUAUUUUAGCUUGUAAAUCUUGUUUUAUUUAAAAAAUUGAGUUGAUGGUUAAUGCAAGAUCCAUAUGUUAAAUACUACAUGGUACACAGUCUGCCUUCACAAGUCAUUUGUCUUCAUUUUAAUGUGUGAAAAAUCUUGAUGCUCUAUUGAUUUGUUUGCAUUUAGUAUGACUGAGUGAGAUAAUGAUGAACCUAACAAAAAGGAUCAGGUCGCUUGCUCUUUCCAAUCUUAUUUACUUCUCAGAUUAACUAAUGUUCAAUACAAAAGACUGAGCGAAUACCGCAAAAUUUUACUUAAUGUUGAUUUCAUUGGUUCAAACUGAAGGCAUUAUUAAUCAUCUUAAAUGCAAACUAAUCAUUGUAAAUUAUGUUUUAGCAUGGUCUGCCUCAAAUACUAAUGUAUUUUUCUGCAUUUACUUGGAUAUAUUUAGAAUCACUUUCUUUCCUACUAUAUCACAGACAGAAGAAUAUGUACUGAUUUGUACAGAUACUUGACAGAGCCCUCUGACGUGAUUUCCCUGACUCUUGCCUUCAUAUUUCAUUUUGAAUUCAAACUUCUGAGGUUGCAGCAUAUAUGAAUUGCAUUUUCAAAAGGAUAUUUGUAAGAAACUAUAUUUAAUGAGUAAACUUUUGAGAUUUCUGCUGUAUUGUUUCAAAUGUAAUAAACUUUACUUCUCUAAAAAUGAGCAGUUGUAUCUUCUCGCUACCAACAGAUUAAUUUUCAAGUCAUCAUGGUAAAGUCUGACCUCAUCAAUUACUGCAACUGAAGUUUAAUUGUUUUCUAGAAAUUUUAGGAACCUUUUGUUUGCAUUUUUCUGUGCACAGUUAGCCACUUUUAGGAAAGAAAGACAAAAUUCUUCUUACAGGAAACAUGCUUUAUUUUUUAAAGCCUUUCUCUGAUACUUUUCUUUGAUGUGCUGAUUGUUCAACCACAAAGCCUUAUGCUGUAAAUGUUAUUUGUAUUUUGUUUAAAUUAUAUUUCACCAUUAUGUAAUAAUUUAAAAAUGAUCUUUCAGAGAACUAUAUAUGCAUUAUAGUUGCUGCCAUAGAGUUUGUGGCUUUUAAUUCUCCAAAACCAGCAAUCCUUUAAAAUAAAUCAUAUGAGCUUUAGUGUGUCAUUGAUACAUAUAUAUAUUGAUACACAUACAUACACACACACACACACUAAAAAUAUACAUUGAGUAUACAUUACUUGAUUAUAAAAUGUAAUUUUGUGAUAAUAUUGCUGGCAUUAUUCAGUAAGGGGAUACUUUAAAAAAAAUAAAAGGUCAGCUUUACAUCUGGUUUCUGUAUGACCUGUACUUUGUUAUUACAUGGUUUUAGAAAAAAGAUUCAUAAGAAUAUUGAAGAAAUUUAUACAGGAAAUGAAAGUCACUAGGAAGAUCACAUGUUUUUUGUGAAAUACAUUCACACCUUGACCAGGUUAUCUGUCUUGUUUGUAACACAAUAUUAGAAUUUCUCUUGAGAAAAGUUUGCAUUUGGAAUAAAUGCCAAAUGUUGAAGAGUUUCCUUAGUAACAAGUCAGUAGUCACUGUUAGGAAAUUGCUUUUUAUUUUGUAAAAUAACUUGAUGUCAGUGUUGAGCUCCUAAUUAGAAGGAAAGCUGAAUAUAACAACAUACAAGUUGAACUUCUCAAUAUAAAGAUAGAUUAUUUGAAAAAAUACAUAAUUCUUAGGUAAUUUUCAUGUCUUGAAAUUUGCUAAUUCAUUGAAGUAAUGGUGCUACAUUUUUAGAAAAUUUUUCCUACACUUCUUCUGUUUUCUUGAAGAUGUUUAAAUCUUUUCCAUCAGUUGAACUGGUACCAUUGCCUGCUGAGAAAUUACAUCUGAGGGGUGCCUGGCUGACUCAGUAGAGUAUGCGACUCUUGAUCUCAGGGUCGUGAGUUCAAACCCCACAGUGGGCAUGCAGCUUACUUGAAAUAAGUAAGUAAGUAAAUAAGUAAAUAAGUAAAUAAAUAAAUAACAUCUGAAAAAAUAUGGUGCCCUUUUUAGGCUUGUAUUUCUAUGGGAACAAUUUUUUCACAAUAUUAGAUCACUUUAAAAUUAUUUCAGAUAUUGACAGCAUUUAAGCCCUUAAGGUACUUAGAGUAGAAAGUUGGUGGCUUAAAAAGUACCUAUAGACAAAAUGACCAGAAGGAUUCCCUUUAUUUGAGUUGGUUUCUUAGUCUCCUAAUGCUAAAAUGUGUGAGAAGAUGUAUAAAAGGAGAUGGAAAUGGACUGUGUACUUGGCUGUUUUUUGUUUGUUUUUUGUUUUUAUUUUGGAAUGCUUAUAACUCUUCUUUUCACCUGAACAAGUUGAGGAAGUAGUUUUUUGUUAUUUUUUUUGGCCUGUAAAAUACCUCACAUGGUUGCUUUUACAAGAUUAAAAGAAAAGGUAUAUGUGAAAAUACCUGAUAGCACAGAGUAUGCACCAAAUAAAUUUUAGCUUUGAUAAAAAUCUCCAUA